AUGAACGUGCCCCUUGUCUGCGACUACGGCUCUGGCUUCAGCAAGGUGGGCUUCGCGGGGACGGAGGCACCCCUGGCUGUGUUCCCGACGAUCCUUGGGAAGCUUCGGCACGACGAUCCGCUGGUGGGACUGGACGAGGAAGACUGGUUCAUGGGGGACGAGGCUCAGAGCCGGCGCGAGAAGCUCAACCUGCUGCGCCCCAUCUCGCGGGCCACCGUCCCCAACUGGGACAACAUGGAAAAGAUCUGGCACCACUCCUUCUACCAGGUGCUCCGCGCCGCCCCCGAGCAGCACCCCCUGAUGCUCACAGAACCGCCCUUGAACGCCAUGUCCAGCAAAGAGAAAAUGUUGGAGAUCCUGUUUGAGACCUUCAACGUGCCCGCCCUGUAUUUAGCCAACCAAGGGGUCCUUUCUCUCUACGCCUCCGGCCUGACCUCGGGAACGGCCAUCGAGUCUGGAGAAGGAGUGACGUACUUCGUGCCCAUCACCAAUGGCUGCCCCCUGCGCCAGUCGACCGGGAAGAUGGACGUGGCGGGCCAAGACAUAACCCUGUACCUCCUGCAGCUGCUGUCAGCGAAGGGGGCCUCGCUGGUGGGCACAGGUGGGGCGCUGCUGUUGCUGGCCCGACAAGCCAGUCCCUGGGGUAGCGUUUUUGGCGUGUUCAACCUACAGCCCUCAGUGUAA